UUCUGGACCCCUCUGUGUCUCUCCUGACCCAGACGGGCCCCGACGCUCGGUUCUGGACCCCUCUGUGUCUCUCCUGGUCCAGCCGGGCCCCGAUGCUCGGUUCUGGACCCCUCUGCAGUGACACCCCGGGCUCCUGGGACUCCUGCUGCAGUUCCCCUGGGCGUCUGCAGGGGGCAGUCCUGCCUGUUCCCCAGCCCUGUCCCGAUACGCACAUCUGCCGUCUUGCGCCCCUUUGUGUGCUCGAGUGCGAGGUCUCGGGGUGUAACAGGGGUGCUCACGAGCGCCCCUCUCUGAAUCCCGCGUGGGAGCGGCUCCGCUGAAGGGGGUCACCCCCCCCCCCCGGUUCCUGGCGGAAUGGGGGCUUUUCAGAGCCGAGAGUCGGGAUGGAGAAUAAAAUAUUAACGCGUUGCUCAAGUUGAACUUUUUUACAGUUUUCAGACUCAUCUUAUGUAAAAAAAAGAAAACAAUUAUCAGGAUUCAUGCUGUCGGUAGUCUAGGUUUUAAUAGAAAGCCUUUAUUUAGUCGCCCUGUUUCGACUGAUCCGUUGACCUGCUGCGUAUUUUGUACACGGAAAGACCAAAGUAUUUAAUACUACAAAGCAGUGAGGUGUUGGAGAGUUCCCCUUAUUCAGCUGACCUUGAAACGUACGCGUUGCGGUCCUUGUACCGGGACAGAUGAGAUGAGCUGUGUUUAAUAGAACAGAGCUCUGGGAGGGAAAGCGUUUUUCCUGGGGUGGCUGUGCCCGGGGUGAGUCCGGCCUGGUGUGUCGCUGCCUGUGCGCAGGGGCACGGCCAGGGCAGAACGAAAAAUUAUUUCCAAGAGAAUCUGCCGACUUGCGCUUAUCGGCCGGGAAAGAGGCCUCAGGGGCAGGGCAGGGCAGGGCAGCGUUUCGCCCGCUGAUGACGCCCCUCGCACCCUUGCACACUCGAGGUCUGCUCUUCUACUGGCGCUGCAGUACAGUAGUGCGGGCUGGGAGGAGGGGCUCAGGGCCCCGACUGGGGGACACGGCGUCCGUGUGCGAGUGUGUGUCAGAGUCGGGGGGGUCUCCCGCCUCCCCCAGAGCCCAGCCCACCAGUCCGAGGUGUCCUCAUGUGCGGUUCACACCCAGUCCCCCCGCCCCGCGACCCACGACCCCUGGGGUCUCCGUCAGGACCCCCUCUUCCUCCUCCACCUCCUCCGCCUCCGGCGCACCCCCACCGGAGCCCAGGGGCGGCCAGGCCCGGGUUCUGCCGCUGUGUUGCUGGUUGUUUGGAUGGGGAGAGAAGCCGGCCCAGCGCCGCUGCAGGUCCGCAGGCUGCCUCUCUCUCCCCAUGUGUGAUCUGACUGUGCUCACGUCUUCUCUCCUGAUCGUUAUAGUGCAAGAGCCGAGCGACGCACAGACAACAGACUCGCAGUGCGCUUCCCCCCCGCCCUCUCGACCCCCCCGCCCUCCCCCUCCUCUCUCUGCCUCCCCUGAGGAAGCAGCACUGCGAGUCUCCUUCUGUCCCACACUGCCUCCUCUGGUCUCCAAGGGACAGAGACUCGAGUCACGUAGAGAGAGAGACUGGGUUCAGUCUGUCUUUCUGUCUGUCCGUCCAUCUCUGAGAAAGAAAGCACACAGUGGCCUCUUGCUCGCUCGCUCUCAGUCAGCCCGUCGCCAAGAUAUCCGGCUGCGGGUGCGAGCGGAGUACUGCGAGCACGACGCGGCCCUGCGCAGCAGCGUGUCCUCGGACAAGCGCCAGCCGCUGGAGCGCCAGUUCGAGCUGUUCGGCCGCGCCAGCACGGUGCUGCGCUCCCGAGACCUGGGCUCCAUCCUCUGCGACAUCAAGUUCUCCGAGCUCGCCUACCUGGACGCCUUCUGGGCCGACUACCUCAGCGGCGCCCUGCUGGAGGCGCUCAAGGGCGUCUUCAUCACCGACUCGCUGAAGCGCGCCGUGGGCCAGGAGGCCGUCCGGCUGCUGGUCAGCGUCGACCAGGACGACUACGAGGAGGGGCGGCGCCUCCUGCUGGAGGCGCAGAACGGCCCCUGCUGCCCUCUUGCCCCCGACGCGCCCCGGGCGCGCCAGACCCGCAGCGCGGCACGGUCCUGAUCCAGCUACAGUGGUCCCUGACAGCAGUGGGUGUCAGUGAGGCUGGAGAUUCGAACCCUGAGCAGUUGACCUCACUGUGUACAGAACCUGGACUGACUGACACCCCUCACUGACCCGGAGUGAUCCGGACAGCUGGACUAGACGAGGGGGGUGCUGAGGUGACCCAGUGCGCUGUGGACCUGCCAGACCUGGCCUCCUCCUGUUCCCCUCCUCCGGCGGCCAGUGUUGGGGCGCCCCCCCCUGGUUUUGUGGACAGUCCUUUCAGGGGUCUGAGUUAUUUUUUGUUACCCCGGUCUUCUUGAGGGGAGACCAGGUCAGCCUGACCAAGAGAGCGUGAAUCUGGGGUACCCCUUUCUUUUGGUGCAGUGUGUCCACAAGACCCUCCCCCCCAGCGAUAUGGGGGUCCCCCGCUCCCCAUCCGUGCAAGAGUGCCUGUGUCCUGCUGGUUCCGGAUCUCGGGGCUCCGAGGGGUGCCUGGGGCGCCUGUGACGCUGCCCGCUCGGCACGGGUCCGAGCCGCGGUGCUGUUCCUGGGUCUGUCUGGGGACUCCUUCGGGAUCCCCCACUUGGAAGUCGUUCCAAGUCCCUCAUCACGAUUCCGAGCGACUCUUGCGCGAGGGGGACGCGCCGCUGGCGCCGCCCUGUGGGCCCCGGCGGGCGUGGCGGCGUGGGGCCGUCGCGCGGCGCUGCAGAGGAGCGAGCAGUCGCUCGGGACCAGGCUGUCCGGGGUGAGUCAUGGCACGGGCGCUUGGGGAGUUCACUGCUUUUUCUAAACUGGUUUGAUGUGUUUGUGUACAUGAGAACAGGUUUCUAAUAAAGGUUUGUCAAGAAAA